AGGCGGGGCGGGGGGUGCCGUGGGCUUGGCGGCCGAGGUGGGGCCGCGUUCAUUGGGUUGGACCCUUGGAGUGAGUUCCUGUUUGACCCUCACAGGGGCCCGGGCUCCGGACGAAGACUGACCAGAGGGGCAGAGAGGGUGACAGCCAGAGUCGGAGCCGGGGGCGUCCGCUGAGGAGACCGAGGCUCUAAAGGCCGGCCCUGGAGGGGAACGCCAGAGAUGGACCUCGUGAGACUCUCGCGGCUCUUCUCCGGCCCCUGCCCCAUGGGAUUGGCCAUCCUGCACCACCUUGACCCCCUCAGAGCCAGGUGGGCCGGAGGCAGGGAGGGGCCCAUGUGGCCGAGGGCCGCAGGGCUGAUUCGGCUAGCGCCAGCAGCCUUCAACAGCUCCCUCUCUCGGCUGUCCCUCGGCCCGCGGAGCCAGAAGAACACAGGCAGCCUGAGCUCUGACCCAGGCCAGCCCAGCCCCAUGGCCACCCAGGAGGAAGGGGAGGAGGAGAGCUUUGGGACCCUUUCCGACAAAUACUCCUCCCGGAGAAUGUUCCACAAAUCGACGGCCCAGUUGUAUAACCUGCGGCUCAAGGAACAGAGUGGUGAAGAAGAUGAGGAAGGGGUGCUGCAGCCAGAAUCACGGCAGGGCCCGAGAAACACCCCUUGCUGGUACUUCUUUCAGUGCAAACGCCUGAUCAAGGAAGGAAAGCUGGCUGAGGCCCUGGACCUGUUUGAGAGACAGAUGCUGAAGGAGGAGCGACUCCAGCCCCUUGAGUGCAACUACACCGUGCUGAUCGGGGGCUGCGGGCGGGCCGGCUACCUGAGGAAGGCCUUCCAGCUCUACAAUGACAUGAAGAAGCGAGACCUGGAGCCCUCAGAUGCCACCUACACAGCCCUGUUUAACGUCUGUGCUGAGUCCCCCUGGAAGGACUCUGCUCUGCAGAGUGCCUUGAAGUUACGGCAGCAGCUUCAGGCCAGAAACUUCCAGCUCAACUUGAAAACGUACCACUCCCUGCUGAAGAUGGCCGCCAUGUGCGCAGACCUCAGGAUGUGCCUGGACGUGUUUAAGGAAAUCAUCCAGAAAGGACAUGCAGUCACAGAGGAGACCUUCAGUUACCUGCUCAUGGGCUGCAUCCAGGACAAGAAAACGGGUUUCCGAUAUGCCCUGCAGGUGUGGAGGCAGAUGCUGAGCCUGGGGCUCCGGCCGAGCCGGCACGGCUACAACCUGCUGUUGGGGGCAGCUCGGGACUGUGGCCUGGGGGACCCGGAGGUGGCCUCGGCGGUGCUCCUGAGGCCCAGGGAGGAGAUGGUCCUGCUCCAGCCCCCGGCAGUUGGGCAGCAGGCAAGGAGGAGAGACGGGGUCGGGGCGGACGAUAGCCUGUCAACCAGGCUGCACGUGGAGGCCCUGGAGAGGCAGCUGUUUCUAGAACCUUCUCAGGCACUUGAGGGGCCUCUGGAGCCUCAGGAGGCCGGAGCCUGCGGCAAGGCCCAGCCUGGGGUGGAAACCAAGGUGGAGCCUGACCACGCUGUGGCCCCUGCGGCCCCGGUGCCGCCUCCCUGGGGGCUGGAGGCCAACCUCCUGACCCCCGGGGCGGUCUCCUCGGCUGUGGUCUCCUUUGGGACCGUGACCACUCCAGCCGACAGGCUGGCCUUGAUGGGGGGCCUGGAGGGCUUCCUGGGAAAGAUGGCGGAGCAUGGGCUUCGGCCCGACAUCAAAACCCUCACGCUGUUGGCGGAGGUGGUGGAGCCCGGCACUUCCGCAGAGUCCUCGCUGCUCACCAUCUUGGACGCGCAGCAAGUGGAGGCCGACCUGACCUUCUUCAACACACUGAUGAGGAGGAAGAGCAAGCUGGGCGACCUGGAGGGGGCGAAGGCACUGCUGCCAGUCCUGGCAAAGAGGGGAAUCGUCCCUAACCUGCAGACAUUCUGCAGCCUGGCCAUCGGGUGCCGCAGGCCAGGGGAUGGUCUGCAGCUGCUCGCAGACAUGAGGAAAUCCCAGAUGACCCCCAGCGCCCACAUCUACAGCACUCUCAUCAACGCAGCCGUCAAGAAGCUGGACUACGCCUAUCUCAUCGACAUCCUGAAGGACAUGAGGCAGAACAGGGUCCCGGUGAAUGAAGUGGUCAUCCGCCAGCUGGAGUUCGCAGCCCAGUACCCACCCACCUUCGACCGGUACAAAGGGAGAAACACCUACUUGGAGAAGAUUGAUGGUUUCCGAGCUUAUUAUAAGCAGUGGCUGAAAGUGAUGCCAGCAGAGGAAACCCCCCACCCGUGGCAGAAGUUCCGGACCAAACCAAAGGGAGACCAGGACACCGUCACUGUGGCCGAUGUGGACAGAGGCCCUGGGGGAGCAAGACUCUGGUCUAAGGAAACAAGAUCUGAUGGUGAAACCCAACUGAAUCUGAAGCAGGCUCUGUUCUGGCCUCAGGUCGGGGGCAGGAGCCCCAGCUAGACAUCACCGUGGAACCCUGG